AUGUCCACCCUCGAAGAGCUCGACGACCUCGACCGCAAGGAGAAGGAAGAGAAGAAGCAGAAUGAUGAUGGCAAGGAAGAUGCGGACUUGGAUGCCCAGAUGGACGAAGCAGAGGAGGAAGAUGACAUACUGGAUGACGAAAUCCUGAGCCUCGGAACGCAAGAUAUCCAGACUCGUAAACGUCUGCUGGAGAACGACUCACGGAUCAUGAAGAGCGAGCUGUCACGACUAUCGCACGAGAAGGCAGCUAUGGGGGAAAAGAUCAAGGACAAUGUCGACAAAAUCGCCAACAACAGGCAACUACCGUAUCUUGUUGGCAAUGUUGUUGAGCUGCUCGACCUGGACCCGACCGCCGAAUCUUCAGAAGAGGGAGCGAACAUCGAUCUUGAUGCCACCCGCGUUGGUAAAUCAGCCGUGAUCAAGACUUCGACAAGACAAACUAUUUUUCUGCCACUCAUCGGUCUGGUCGACUCUGAGGAACUGAAGCCCGGCGACCUCAUUGGUGUGAACAAGGACUCGUACCUCAUCCUCGACACACUUCCGGCCGAGUACGACAGUCGAGUAAAGGCGAUGGAGGUCGAUGAGAAGCCAACAGAGCAAUACAAUGAUGUCGGUGGGCUUGACAAGCAAAUUGAGGAGCUCGUGGAGGCUGUGGUUUGGCCGAUGAAAGAAGCCGAGCGCUUCAAGAAGAUUGGCAUUAAAGCUCCGAAGGGCGCGCUGAUGUACGGUCCUCCUGGAACAGGCAAAACUCUACUUGCACGUGCUUGCGCGGCGCAGACAGAUGCUACGUUCCUCAAGCUUGCUGGUCCCCAGUUAGUACAGAUGUUCAUCGGUGAUGGUGCCAAGCUGGUCCGCGACUGCUUCGCUCUUGCCAAAGAGAAGGCACCGGCGAUCAUUUUCAUCGAUGAGCUGGACGCGGUAGGCACAAAGCGCUUUGAUAGCGAGAAGAGCGGUGAUCGUGAGGUCCAGCGCACAAUGUUGGAGCUGCUCAACCAGCUUGAUGGGUUUGCUUCAGACGACCGCAUCAAGGUGCUUGCAGCCACCAAUCGUGUGGAUGUCCUAGAUCCGGCGCUUUUGCGAUCUGGGCGUCUCGACCGCAAGAUCGAGUUUCCUCUGCCGAACGAAGAGGCGCGAGCGCAAAUUCUCAAGAUCCAUUCACGCAAGAUGAAAGUUGACCCUGGUGUCAACUGGGGCGAAUUGGCUCGCAGCACGGAUGAGUUCGGUGGUGCCAUGCUCAAAGCCGUGUGUGUUGAGGCAGGUAUGAUUGCUCUCCGGUCAGGGAAAAACAAAAUAGGACACGAGCACUAUGUCGACGCCAUUGCGGAAGUGCAGGCAAAGAAGAAAGACACUGUCAACUUCUAUGCAUGA